UUCCAAGCCAUUCUCUCUCUCCCUCUCUCACUCCCCUCACUUCAUUUCCCUCCACCCUCUCCCCCUCCCCAUCCCUCUCCAAUGCGGAACGUCAUGGCCCCCACCUCCGCCGGCGCGUGGGCCCUGAUCGCCCUCGCCCUGCUGCCGGCGGCGGCGGCGCUUCUUUCCGGCGGCUUCCCGGCGGCGCUGACGCUGAAGAGGGCCUUCCCGCCCGCUCGCGUCGUCGGGCUGGGCCGGCUCAGGGAUCGCGACGGGGCGCGGCACCGGAGGAUGCUGCGGGCUGUCGACGGCGUCGUCGAUUUCCCGGUCGGCGGCAUCGCCGAUCCUAUGGUCCUCGGGCUGUAUUACGCGAGAAUUCAAUUAGGUACUCCUCCGAGGGAGUUCUAUGUACAGAUAGAUACUGGAAGCGACCUUCUGUGGGUCAGUUGCAGCUCCUGUAAUGGCUGCCCUCGAACAAAUGCACUCAAUAUGCCGCUUCAUGUUUUCGAUCCGGGGAGCUCGUCAUCAGCUUCAGUAAUCUCUUGCUCAGAUGAAAGAUGCAGUCCGGGGGUUCAAACAUCGGAUUCUGUAUGUCCCACUCAGAACAAUUUGUGUAGUUACUCGCUUGCGUAUGAAGAUGGUAGUAGGGCUUCUGGAUAUUACGUGACAGACUUGAUCACAUUCGACAUGUUAGAAGGGAACACUCUUGUGAAUUCGUCAGCUGCUGUUAUGUUUGGGUGUAGCACUUCACAAACAGGGGACUUGCAAGAGUCAGGUAAGACAAUUGAUGGGAUUUUUGGACUUGGGCAGCAGGAAACAUCUGUUGUCUCUCAACUGGCUUUACUCGGAGUAGCUCCCCGAGCGUUCUCACACUGCUUGAGAGGAGAUGGUGAUGGUGGCGGUACACUAGUUCUUGGUGAAAUUCUGGAUCCAAAGAUUGUCUACACUCCACUUGUGCCUUCACAGCCUUAUUAUAACUUGAAUCUGCAAAGCAUUUCCUUGAAUGGUCAACCUCUUUCCAUAGAUCCAUCAGUAUUUGCAACAUCAACAGAUCGUGGAACCAUAGUUGACACAGGAACAACUUUGGCAUACCUGGUUGAGGAAGCUUACGAUACACUUGUCAAUGCUAUUGCAAUCAGUGUUUCUCAAACUGUGCGCAUGCUUAUAAACGAGGGAAAUCACUGUUUUUUUACUACCUCCAAUGUUGUCGACAUAUUCCCUCAAGUUAGUUUUAAUUUUGAAGGCGGGGCCUCAAUGAUCUUAAGCCCUCAGGAGUAUCUCGUGCAGCAAAUUUCUUUUGAUGGUUCUACGGUCUGGUGUCCGGGCUUUUCAAAGGCUCAGGGCCAAGCUAGAACAAUAUUAGGAGAUCUUGUUCUGAAAAACAAAAUCGUCGUAUAUGACCUGGCUGGCCAGCGGCUUGGAUGGACUAACUACGACUGUUCCCUCUCGGUCAAUGUCUCCACAGCCACGACCAACAGCAAGGGCCAAGGAGAGUACUUCCAUGCGGGGCAAAUGAGUCGUGGCGGUGGUUUGGAUAGGGUUGCACCUUUUGGAUUCACUCAAUGGGGACUGAGAGUCUGUUUCAUGACCAUAUCCAUGCUCGGAAGCAUUAUUAGGCUUUUUUAGCAUUUACACUAGGAAAAUAUCCCUCGGUGUUUCUUUGCACCCUUUCCUUUCGUGUACAUAAACAGCUCUAUUUUUCUCCGUGUAACGUAGAGGCCAGGUUGGACGUGGUGCAACCAUGCAGCCAUCGGCGGGGAUACUUUCUACCCUGUAUAUUUAUUUUUAUUUUUCGCUUGAGAAUAAUUAAAAAAUUUCCCCUUUCAACUAGGCUUUGUUAAAGUAUUGUUGAUUA